UUUACCUGAGCGGUCCACUAGUUUAGGAAUCGCUUCUUAAUAUCUGCCACUAGUUAAAUGAAGAAAAACUAGCCCUAAAUAAAUUUUUCCCAGACUUUUCAGAAAAUUAAUAAUUGCAGCCUAAAAAAGUUUAAGUAACUGAAUUAUCAUUAUUAUUAUCGCUACUAAAUUAUUUUAUAAAAAUGUUAAAUUAACUGUCACUGCGAUGAGAGUUUUGAGUGUUCUCGCAAUUUGCUUCCUAUAUGUUAUUAAUGUUGGAAACGCCAAGAGGGGCUUCAUUUUAACAUCUCCAAAAGUUUUCGAUGCUGCAAGAAUGGGAUAUUUCACACUUUCAGUAUUUGAUGUACCGCCUGGUGAAGAAAUCACAAUUCGUUUGAUGGCAAAGUAUGGCGUCUUAGUUGAAAAGAAAGUGAAUAUUAUUCCUAAUCAGAAUAUGGGGUUGGAGAUGCAUGUGCCUCCUUUAAGGAGGAACAUACGCGCAGAAUUACAUAUUUUUGGCAAAUUCAGAGAUGGUUAUGAAAUUAAUAUUAAAGAAAAUGUUCUCAUACGUUUAAAGUCUGGAUACCUUACAUUGAUUCAGACAGAUAAACCGCAGUACAAACCCGGACAGACAGUGAGAUUUCGUGUUCUACCACUGAAUGACGACUUAAUGCCUCUAGGUAAAGAUGCAAAAGGACAAGUAUGGAUAGAAGAUUCGAAUGGUAUAAGAGUAUCUCAAUGGAGCAAUCUCACUUUUGAAACACAUAUGAUGCAACUGGAGCUGCCUAUCUCGGAUGAACCUGGAUUCGGUCAGUGGAGUAUUAAAUCUACAAUCAACGAUAUAAAUCACCAGAUAAAUUUCAGAGUGGAAAAAUACGUUUUACCAGAAUUCGAAGUGAAAAUAAAUUCUCCUCCGUAUGUGUUGGAUACUGCAGAGACAUAUUCUGCCGAAAUCUGCGCACGGUACACAUACGGUAAAAAAGUGGAUGGAUUCUUGAGGGCUAGAGUUAUAGCCGAGACGAAUGAGAAACCUUAUCCAAAAGUGAAAUAUGCGUGGAAGAUUUCUGGCUGUCACACAAUGAUCAUCAACACUGAAUAUUUAUCUUUCAAAAAUGGUCUUCAAUUUAAAUCUCUAAAAGUGCUAGCAAACGUCUUCCAAGAUGGAACAGACACUGUAGUUAACAAGACAAUCGCAAUUCCUAUCGUGCCAAAAGAAAAAAUGUUUCGGCUCACAUUUCUAAAUUCUGAUGGAAACGGGGAUCACUACAAGCCAGGAAUUCCUUAUUCUACUAUAUUGCAAGUUCUAAAGUUCGAUGAUACAGUAGCUGCUUGGGUAAACGUUGAGAUUUGUAUAGACGAAGCAGAAUGUUCGACAGUCCUCUCUGACAGGGAUGGAAUAAUCAGUAUUACUCUCAAUACAAUUAAUCACGACAAGAAAGUGUUUAGUAUUAAGGCAAAAGUUGUGGAUACAUUAAAUGAAUCCAAUUCAUCCGAUCAAAGAGCAAGUACUACAAAUUUUUUUAUUAAAUCAUGGUAUUCUCCUACUCACAGCUAUAUCCAAAUCAAACGUAUCGUAGAAGAACUAGAGUGUGGUAAAAUUCAGAAUAUCACAAUAUAUUACACAGCUACAGAAGAAGAUACUGUUCAGUUCUACUAUCAGGUACUGUCGAGAGGUCAGAUUAUGCAACACGGUUCGCAUCUUCAAACAUUUCAUUCGAAGGAUGAUAUGUCUAAAUAUAAAAAUUCGACUGCCUUGCCGAAAGUUGAAGAGUUUGUUUUAAGUUUAAACGUAACAGUGGCGAUGUCUCCUAUAGCUCGACUACUGGUAUUCUACGUGCGAGAAAAUGGAGAAAUAGUUGCUGAUUCAAACAUAUUUCGCAUACAAAAGUGCUUGAUGAAUAAAGUCGGGCUUAACUUCAUUCAAAAACAACAAUACCCGAGCACCGAAGCUACAAUUCAUCUAUCAGCUAGUCCUUCUAUCUGUGGCAUUAGAAUGGUGGACAAGAGUGUCCAGUUGCUAGACGAAAACUCACAUUUCAACAAAGAUAAACUAUUUAAGCAGCUGCAACACGAAGAUAUCUCAUUAGAUUCGAAACCAAGUGAAUUGAGAAUAAGGCUUUGUAGAAGAAUGUUAGAUUUUGAUGACUGGGCCUCACGAAUUGAAGAAGAUCAUUAUGCCGAUUCGCUCAGCGCUUUUGAAAGAGCUGGGACCGUGGUGAUUAGUGACUUAAUUUUUGAAACCGGAGGUUGCGAUUCAUUCAUGAUUGAAGACAAUAAUGAUCGAAAAAACCGUCGAUUUCCAUGGGGCAAAAGGAAGCAAGUUUCUGUUGAGGUAGUUACGACCAAACCUCCUGAAUUAGCUCUUGAACCAACAGACGAAAUACGAAGUCUUUUCCCAGAAACGUGGUUGUGGGAGAUGCAUUUAAUUGAGUCGACGGGUCAGAAGACCUUAAAGCGGCAGUUACCUCACACAUUAACGGAGUGGGUAGGAGAAGCAGUAUGCAUCAACUCGAAGUCUGGACUGGGAAUUUCAGAAAAAAGCAGUAUUACUGCUUUUCAACCAUUUUUCCUUUCUUUACAGCUGCCUUAUUCUGUAAUACGAGGAGAAAGUGUGCCGAUCAAAGUCUCUGUGUUUAAUUACUUGAAAGAAUGUCUGCCGAUCAAGAUAUCCUUGGGGUCAAGCAAGGAUUACUAUCUAGUUUCUGAAACUCCAACCUUCAGUCUGUGUGCAUGUAGUGGCGAUAGUGAAUCUCGUAGCUUCAUGGUGCAGCCUGUAAGUUUGGGUCAAGUGAAUAUAACAGUAUACGGAUCUUCAUUUGAAGCUGAUAAUACCUUUUGCUUCAAUAAAAUGGUUUCAACGCUUAGUGCCAAAGAUGCCGUCACGAAACAGCUUCUUGUUGAGGCAGAUGGAUUUCCAAUGGAAGACGUAUUCAAUUACCCUAUAUGUUCUGGAGUUACGUAUGGAUCCUACUCUUCCGAAACAGCUCUUCUUCUUCCGGAAAAUGCUGUUGAUGGAUCCGCCCGAGCGUAUGUGUCUGUGUCAA